GCAAACUACCGUUGUCCCUGGUGGAACGACACUCGGGUAAAAAAAUAUUAAGAAAUUAUAAUCUAAGCUUGUUUUGUUUUGUUUUCAAAUGAAAAAUCAGGAAAAACUUUACAGGAAUGGAAAAACAAGGAGUAGUCGAUUGAAAUAAAGAUGUGUGAUGUUAUUGUUCUUGUGUUACUUAAGAUGUCUGACGGCGAGAGGAUAAACGACAUUAAGGAAUUAGCCAAGGCGAUUCAAGAAUCAUCCGGACAAAGAAAUCAACUUCCAAAGGUGGAUGUGCCUUUGUUCGAUGGCAACAACGCCUCUGGCUGGGCAAAAAAAUUCGAGCAACUGGCGAGUUGUCGAGAAUGGACUGACGCAGAGAUGUUGCAGAAAGUAAAACGAUAUUGUAAGGUGGGAUAUAAGGAGGAGUUGAUGACCCUAGGGAACGAAUCGAAAGAUUGGGUUGAGUUCAAAGAAAACUUGUUGGUCAAAUAUCAGCUGGAGGAUCAGCUACUAGAUCUGGCUGAUCUCCGAAAAGUUGUCCGACGAACGUUCGGGUCAACUAGACAAUUCUUGAUGGAGUUUGAGCGAAUCGCUCGACUAAUUUCUGAUUUGCCAGAUAAAGAUAAAUGCAUCAUCUUUCUGGACAACUUCUCAGAAGUCGAGCAAAGAGAGUUGAUGAAAGAUAUGCAAGGAAAAUAUGACUGGCCAAAAAUAAAAGCUAAUCUUUUGGCAGGAGGCUUUGACCAAAUGCUUUACAGACUACUAAAGCAGCUCAAGGAAGAUCACGAGAAGGAGGAUGUCAGUAAAGAUAAGGAUCGUGAAGUUUUCAAGACCUUAUCAGAUAUGAGAGAAAUGAUGACAGAUAUGCGCGCUGAACGUCUGAAGAUGGAAAUCAUGAUGGUCAAGGCAAAGGAAAGUAAAAGAAAGGCGAAAGAGGUUGCUGUGGAAAGCAACAGUGAUAGCGAGAGUGAGGAAGAGGAACCACCCAAGAAGCUGACAAAAGCUGAGAGAAAGGCUUUAAAUCACAUUCGAGGGGGUCCAGGGACUUCCAAGAAGCAAGGGAAAAAUGGUGGAAAUGGUGGAAAUGGCGGAAAUGCUCAGGCACAGCCUGAUCAAUCCCAACCCGGCCCAAGUCAGCAACACGCUGGAGGGGGCCGUGGGCGGGGGCGUGGAAAUUUUGGUGGACGAGGUAACUGGGCCAAAGAUCUUACAUCAGCCCCGACGACAUUGCCGCAAGUGCGAAAAACUCGAAAGGUCGUAAGCAAUAAGACGGUUGCAAGAGGUACGUCAAAGGAACCAGUAGAAGAAAUCCUUGUCCAGGAUGAUGAAGAGAGCAAUUCAGACAAGGAAGGUGAGAAACUGCGUGCCGAAGAUGAGCGGCAAUCAAAACAGCGCACUUCAGAGCAAGAUGUUGAGAAAAGAAAGGAGGCAGUCGAGGAAGAGGAGCCUCGACGUAAGAAGAAUAUUUACACAAUUCCUGUUGAGAAAAGAAUUGACAUUGAGCAGAUUGUUGAUCGUAUCUUGGAAAGUCAGCGUGACUUGUUUACGCUAAAGGAAUUUCUGGCAGCAUCUUCAAAGAUCCUUGAUGAGCUCAAGCAGAGACUAACGCGGAGGAAGGUAAUGAUCGUUAAAUUUGGAAACAUCAUUCCUCCAGAGGCUAACAGGGCACCUGCAUGAACAAAAAUGGACUGGCGGUGUGUUGCCACUGGUCUCCUAAAAGUGCAUGUUGGGCAAGGUGAGUUUACUGCCCUGAUAGAUGACGGUGCUGAAAUGAAUAUCAUUCGAGAAA